AAAAUGAUCCCGGACUAUGCGAGCAUAUCUCACGCAAUGUUCCGGUAUCCGGACAUCGGAACGUCUCAAAUGGGGUCCCACAUUACGAUUCUGAGACCCCGGGACAUUGUCUCCACCCCCUCCGAUGUGAUUUCCACAGCUGCUUCUUAUUUCAACUCAAAUGAUCAGAACGAAUCAACUUGGACACGCAGAGCCAAAUUCUUUUUCCGAAUUUUGAGUUUUUGUUUAGGCCCAGCUAACAUUUGGCGGUUCCCGCAGCAGUCGUUUAUUUACGGGAAUGCGACAUACAUGUACUUGUAUAUUUUGUACAGCUGGAUAAUUGGGGUGUCAUUGCUGGUGUUUGAGGUCAGUCUCAGUCAGUAUUUUAUGAAGGGUUUCGCCAAACUUUUCACUCUUUGCCCCAUCAUGGAAGGAAUAACACUUUCGAUGGCAUUUUACUGCAUAAUUGCUACUUUGUUGUACAGUAUGAUAUGUGUAUACUCUUUCGUGUAUGUCUUUACCGGAUUUCACCCAAAAAUGCCCCAUUCGUACUGUUCCGAACCCAUUAAAACAUACGGUUGUAAAACAAAUUAUACGAACUUUACCGACUCCCCCGAAUUCAUCUUCUUCUACAAUUACGUGGAAAGGUACAGAGACGCAGAUGCAAAUUACUACAAUUGGCGAAACGCUGUCCUUUUGGUUUUUAUUUGGCUUAUAAUUCUCUUCAUCACUUGGUUCAGUAUUUUGCGAUACCAUUGGGUCGUAAUAAUACACAGCGUUUCAGUUUUUUUGAUACUAAUCUACGCCGCAACUAUUGGUCUAGUAGUGGAUUCAAAGAAUGGUGUUUUUCCGGGAAUCACUCGAAUGUUUGUUCCGACCACAAAUGAUAUCCUCAACAUUCGAACUUGGAUAUAUCCCUUGGAACAAAGUGUUGUAAGUCUUGGUGUAGGUGCAGGUCCCUUGAUCACAAUAUGGUCUGUCUCUAAACUAAAAUACUGGACUCCUUGUGACACUCUAACGAUAAAUGUGAUCACAUUUAUUUGUAGUAUAUUAUCAGCGAUUGUUUUCUUCACUUCUGCAGGACUUUUAGCCGAUCAGAAGAAAACAAUCCCAGAAAAACAGGAAGAACUUCACGUUCAUGUUUUGUACACUCCCCUAUUCAACAACAUGAAGGGAAAUGGCGCAAGUAACUUCAGCGUGAUUCUUUACUUCUAUGUGUUAUUUUGUAGCUGUUUAUACUCUUUGCUAGAAUAUGUCCAAAUUUUGCUUCUGUACAUAAGUAGUUACGUUCUAAUCGAUAGGAGAAGACGCAAAAUAAUUAUAGUUGCUACCUGUUUAUUUCUGUGCGCAUUUUCGACGAUUAUUGGUGAUUUCAAGUGGGGUUUCGCUAUUAUUAUGUCAAUUAAUAAGAACUUUAUAGCAACUGCUUUACUUAUAAUUCUCACUUUUGAGCUACUAUCAGUGUCAUAUUGUUACGGUUUUCGGAAUUUUUGCGACGAUAUUGAAUUUAUGCUAGGUUUUGUUCCUAACUACUUUUUCCAAGUGACGUGGCUGCUGUUACCAGUAGUGUUUUCUGUAUUUUCUGUAGUGUCCCUUUACCUCAAAUUUCACGAGAUCGAAAACAACGUUGACGUAGUAAUGUUGACUUUAAUAAUAUUAUUUAUUAUAAUGCCAGUGGUUUUAAUUGCCACUAUCAAGUGCAUUGUUGGAAUAAGAGACAUGGGCAUAAGAAGGGUGUUAAAUCCUCGUAGGAACGAGUCAGAUUGGGACACUGAUUCGGUUCGUAUUUCACCGACAAGUUCAAUAUUAGAUAUUCAUAAAGAUUCCCUCCAUAAUCUGCGAGGUGAAGUCGGUAGUGAAUACGUAUCGACUCAGAAUAUUUCAAUCGCGUCGGAGACGGAUUAUGCCAGCAUGAAAAGAAGACAGAGCAAAGCGACUGGCUAGAGAAUUGUUUUUAAUAAAGUUCGUUUCAUGAAACUCUCUUUUACAAAUUUCAUGCAAGUCAGCAUUCGAGGACUCCCGAAAAACCACACACGUGUUAAAAACCCUCCUUUUAAAUCGCGUUUAAGACGUUUUAAGAAGAGUUCAAAACAUAUUGUGAUAUGCGUGACCUGACAUUUUUCCUCCAUGAUUGAUGAUUGAAAAAUCAUUCCCAAAUCCAGGUGCAUUUUUUCACUUCCUUGCAAUUUCAGUCGCGUGGUUAACAAUAUGGCCAUUUCCUAAUCAAACCAUCCCCUAUUAAACGAAAAAAGGGCGGUUUGCGCGUGCUUUGCACGCUCUCAUGGGGAUGCUAAUAAUAAAAAAACGCAGGGUGCAUUUUACGUGUGUUAUAUACUUCUAGAUUUACAUAGGGGUGUUGCACAUACAAUGGCCUCAACGAAGGGGAUUUUUUGCUGGGGCUAUUUUUAAAAGAUGUGGGGAUUUUUUGCAAGGGCACGUGUAAUCUUGACAUAAGGUGCGUGUUUUUUGGACCUUUUUUCAGGGCUUAACAGGUAAGUGUUUUUUAUGCCCGGUUCAGGUGGCUGCAGGUUGGUGUUUUUUCUGGAUUUAAUUUGAAAAAUAGUGGGACUCGGUUCUUGGAAAUCGGCUGUGUCACUAAAACGGAAUUCGGCUUUUUCUCAACUUGGCGGUAAGUCACAUUCAGUCUUUUGGCAACAAUAAUGGACCGAAUAACCCUAAGUAGCCGUGUGCAGACCACCACCUGCCGUUUACUGACCGCUGGCUGCGGUAAAAAAUGAAGAAGUGUGCCUGGACAGCUUCUGGUUACCGAAAAGUUCUGCAAGAUUUUGCCUGAGUCUAAUAACACUUAGACAAUCAAUUAUUUUGAUAAAUCACAAUUACACAUUGUAAUAAUUGAACCGUCAGGGAUUUAUGUGGUCAAUGCGUUUUUUAGAUUUAUCAUGAUGUUUACGGUUCAGCUGUAGGAUGCUUUUAGGAAGGACAAUCGACAGGAUCAGAUAAGUGUGGAUGAGAUCUUUCCAGCAAUUUACAAAAACUGUUUAUUCGGAGACAUGUAUAGAAUUGAUUGGGCAAAAAAUGCAAAGAUAAGAUCGCAGAGAUAGUGGUGGCAAGUUCCCCAUUUAAAUAGUUGAACCUUAGUGUUUAAAAAAUUAUAAUAAAUAAAAAAAUUGCAAAAAUUGUAAAAUGUGUAUGGUACUUUUGUAAUGGCACAGAAGCGACCCACAUUUUUUACAUGUGCCCAACCUUCCAUUUUUAACAAAGAGAUCGAAACGAAGCUAAACCUACCACUUUGAAUAGGUUCGGUUCUAUUGAAAUUUCGCUUUUUUCUCGGUUUCAAAAAUGUGCAUCGACUACUUCAGUGAGUGGUCAAAUCUUUUCAUUGAUGGUUCAGGCAAGUACUUAUUGCUGCAUACCAGGAGAUUAAGGGCAGUCUCACCGUUUCCAUUCAAAAAACCUUCACAAUGUUUCUUUUUACCAACAUUUGCAAUCCAUAAUAACUCCUGGUGGAUAAUUAUUUUAGAAGAGGAAGUGGAAUUUUGCGGCCAUAUUUACGCACGGGACCACUGUCCACAUAUCACGAGACUGGGGUCCAGCACCUGGCUAGGGCCGCACAUGUGCCAUACAAAAGGACCUAAAUCGUGACAGCCCGACGAUUGUCACUGAUAUUUUAUUUAUUAGCCUAUAGAACACGAGCGGACGUUUUCAUUCGUUUUAUAUCGGUGGAGAUCAAAAUUUGUUAAAAAUAAGCGUAAAAAGAGGACAAAGCACCAGAUCGAAAGAUACGGCACGAAGUCUGGAAAUUGGAAUUUGGAGAAAAAAAACAUACUUUAAAAUUUUGUAUGUAACAUUGCCACUAGUGUAUUAUUUUGUUUUCGCGUGAUGGUUCAGCCUGCAGCCCUUAAAACAAAUAAAUAAUUCAAUAUAAAAAUUUCGAAAAUAUUUUAUCAAUUUCUUGGGAUCUCUGACAAUUUAAAUUUGUUUUUAUCAGAGAGGUUUGACCAAACUUAAUGCAAUAG